UAUUUCCCGCAUUCAUUGGAACUGUUGCUUCACGAAGUUCUCGAAGAGGAAGCGACGAGCAAGGACCCGAUCCCGGAUGCUCAACUACCGUCCGUCGUGGAGUUUAUCCGCGAGUUUCCCGGUGUUUGGGCCAGAGCCGUCGUGCAAUGCGCUCGCAAGACCGAAAUCGCGCUUUGGCCGUACCUGUUCUCUGUCGCCGGCCCGCCGAAGAAGCUACUGCAAGAUUGUUUGCAGCGUCAGCAACUCGAUACCGCCGCCAGUUAUCUGAUCAUUCUACAGAACUUAGAGCCAUCCUCUGUCAGCAGGCAGCACGCCACGUUACUGUUAGAUGCCGCGUUAGAGCAAGGUAGAUGGGAGCUAUCGAGGGAUCUUGUGAGAUUUCUUAGAGCAAUCGAUCCGAAUGACGUGGAGUCACCACGUACAUCGUGGAGUGGCAGUGCGAAACUGGUAGGCCCUCCCCAGACACCUCCUCUUUCUCCGCACGAGGAUGAUCUAGCCUUGGUCUUGGGCACUAUGCAAGUUUCAAGGAGCCGCAGUUAUAGUACCACGGUUACGCCCAAAGUGCAAUCAGAGAAAGACGUCGCGCCGUCCUCUAUGCUCGAGAAAACCCGGAACGUUGUUAUGAGGCGAAAGAAAUCAGUUCCGACAGUAAAAUCGAGCGAGAAAACAGAAAACAAAGAAGGAUCGGCGGAGGAGUUCUUCAUUGAUGUCAUUUUGCAACGUCACGCCCGGCGGCUGCUUUCAGCUCGCCGCUUGACCGACUUAGGUAGAUUCGCAGCCCGUCUUGACUUUCAUCUAGUGACAUGGUUCGCUCGAGAGCGUGAUAGAGCAGCGAAAAUUGACGACUAUGUGGGCACGUUGAAGGCAGUCCACGAAGACUUUGCAUUUCCAUACCCGACACUUUCGUUGCCAACGCUGCAGAAACUUCGGAGAUCUAGCCUCACCUCUCUACACUCCAUAGUAUCCGAUGACGAGACCUUGUCCCCGAACUUGGUCGUCGACGUACCUGACAGCGGAUACACUAGUCUUCCAAGCGGUAGACCACCGUACACAACGUUGGUCUCGCCCGUAGCGAGCUUAGAGACGCAAUUUCCGACCGCAGAAGCCAAAUUAACGCCGAACCUGAUAAAUGAUGCCAACAGUGUUCUUAGCGAUACUAGUACAAUCUGGAGAGAUGAUGCAGACUCCAUGGUUGGCUCUGUGUGCUGGGUCUCACCGGAGUCAGUGGGACCUACAGAAGUCAAUCAAGCCUCAUUGACUUCCCCAUCAAUCGGUCGGGCAGAAGUACAGCUUAGGUAUUUACUGCAACUGUUUCUCGAGGGUAGUUGUCUAGGAUGGGCUGCGGUGGUAGCUACUGUUCUUCGAGAUGCGGCGGCCAUGGCUAGAACCGUCAGAACAGCACAUGCACCAAUGCAAACUUUCGAUUCUAUAAUCAACCUGAGAGACGGAUUACUUACAUUGACUAAAUGGUCUCAUUCGGAAUGUUUGGGAUACCGUCCCUUCAUGUCCAACAUCCAAAGCCAAAUAUCGUUGUUGAAUAGAUUGGUGAUAAUAAAGCAACAGCAGGAACAGGAGCAGAUACCGGAAAGCCCUUCGCCGAGUCCGGCUCCAUCCGCCGGCAGCAACCAACGCGGUACUCACUCCCGCUCGAGGCAUUCUUCGAUUAGUCACGCUUCCAACACAGCUCCACUCGAAGAGGAACGCUCCCACGAAUCGCUGUUGACCGUCGAGGAGUCCGUAUUUCACGGAAGUUACAAUAAUCUCAACGCCACUGAGGACACGUCGCCGCAGAGCGCUUGCACGAUCUCAUAAAGGGUGCUUUACGAAAAGGCUGUCCACUUUACUGUGUAUUUUACAUACCAAAUGUUGUAAUUGUUUUCAUUUAAGACUAAAUUUUAAAAGAUAUUAUUUGAUUAUAUGUUUCAGACACAUAAGGGGAUUCCGUAUAUACAUAUUAUAUAAUUAUUACUUCAAAGAGAUCUUACUUUAAGGCCGUUGAUUUAAGGCCUUGAUUGUUUUAAUAUUAAGGAUAAUUUUUGUAAUGCGACAAUAUUCUGCAAAACUGAUACGGACGAUGCAGGCUGUUCCCGGAACAUAUAAUUAUAAAUCGGAGAAAUCCUGGAAAUUUGUACAUAAAGUUUUGGAACGUUUUUUUAUUGACUUUCGAAGAUUUUGAAUUGUACAGGGUGAAACAUGUAAAGGUGAAUGAUUCACAUAAGCAUGUGAUUGUACAUAAGCGCUUAUGAUAUUAUUGUUAAAGUAUACGCUGUGUCGCGAGGAAUAAACCUCGAACGCGAUGUACGAAGUCGCCAGGGCCAACGGCAAUUCUUAAAUUAUUUUACCGCUGAGUAUAAAAGUAUGAAAUGCUCAUUCGCUAAUUAUGAGCAAUAGAGAAUAGCAAUAUAGUGAAAUUAAUGAAUGAACAGCGGUUCAGAGAUAUUAAAUCAAAAUCGGCGCAUCUGAGAGGUCUGAUAUUAUGAUAAUUAUGUAAUACGCAAAACAAUGAAAAUUAUUAAUAAGCUAUUUAUACAUAUUGUAUCAUAGACGAUCAUACAAGUAUAUGUUAUAUUUUCUCAUAAAACUCUUUUCUGUGCUUAUUUUAUUAGGUGCUGGAAGAUCUACAUUCGUCGAUAGCUUAACGAACAAGCAAAAUCGGAGAUAUGAUAAAAGGAACAUUGAUUUACAGCGUAAUUCUUAAUUAUACGUAAUAUGGGGUAAAAACAAGAAACAAAAUGACAUAUAAUUAAGAAUCAUCUUGUAUAAAAUCCCGAAAGCAGAUGC